AUGUCGACGGGACAGACUGCACGUGCCCUACAGGCUCUCGACGCUUCCAGAUUCGAAUUUGUUAAGGUGGAAAAUACGGUGAAAGACAUGCUCGAUGCCGGCUCCCGGUAUAACAACCUGGAGAAAGCGCUCGGUGAAGGGGUUCUGUUCGUCUUGGGAAAGGGCCUUUCUGAAUCACUUUGGACAAAGCUGCUGCCCAAGAGCGGGAAGACUUUCGAUGCGGCAAUCAGUCAUUUGAAAGCUGUGGGCUUGUCGGCGAGAUCUCGAAUGUAUGCGCAGCUUCGCAAGACUGUGGUCGAGGCAAAGGUGGCAUUGGUGCUCUCUCUUCCGCAGGCUUACCCGUCAUACGAAAGCGUCAGUACGCCGGUAUUGGAAUGGGGUGUUGCAUUUCCGCAGGCCAAUUACCCGCAAGCUCAAUGCUUCUGUGCAGGCCCGGAGCAUUGUUGCGGGCUUUGA